AUGGACGGGGCGCAGGAGCCCCGCUGCCAGGGCAGGGGCGGGGAGUGCAGGAGGGCUGAGGGGCGGCGUGGGGGCUGCGCGGGCCGAGCGCGGCUGACGGCCCCGCGCCCAGACUACAGGAAGAAGUACCGGGAGCACGUGCUGCGGCAGCACGCCAAGGUCAAGGAGCGCAACGCCCGCUCCGUGAAGAUCAGCAAGCGCUUCACCAAGCUGCUGAUCGCGCCCGAGGCCCUGGCGCCGGAGGACGCGGGCCUGGACCCCGCGGAGGAGGCCCCGGCCGAGCGCGCCAGGCGCUCGGACACCCACACCUUCAACCGGCUGUUCAGCCGCGACGACGAGGGCCACCGGCCGCUGACCGUGGUGCUGCAGGGCCCGGCGGGCAUCGGCAAGACGAUGGCGGCCAAGAAAAUCCUGUACGACUGGGCGGCCGGCAAGCUGUACCACGGCCAGGUGGACUUCGCCUUCUUCCUGCCGUGCCGCGAGCUGCUGGAGAGCGCCGGCGCCAGCAGUCUGGCCGACCUGCUGCUCCAGCAGUGCCCGGACCGCAGCGCGCCCCUGCGCCCGAUGCUGGCGGGGGCCGAGCGGCUGCUCUUCAUCCUGGACGGCGCCGACGAGGUGCCCGCCGACGUCGCGCCCUGCACAGACCCGUUCGAGGCGGCAGGGGGCGCGCGCGUGCUGGGCAGCCUGCUGAGCAAGGCGCUGCUGCCCCAGGCGCGCCUGCUGGUGACCUCGCGCACCGCCGCGGCCGGCCGGCUGCAGGGCCGCCUGUGCGCGCCGCAGUGCGCAGAGGUGCGCGGCUUCUCCGACAAGGACAAGAAGAAGUACUUCUACAAGUUCUUCAAGGACGAGAGGAGGGCGGAGCGCGCCUACCGCUUCGUGAAGGAGAACGAGACGCUGUUCGGGCUGUGCUUCGUGCCCUGCGUGUGCUGGAUCGUGUGCACGGUGCUGCGCCAGCAGCUCGAGCUCGGCCACGACCUGUCGCGCGUCUCCAAGACCACCACCUCCGUGUACCUGCUCUUCAUCAACAGCGUGCUGAGCUCGGCGCCCGCCGACAAGCCUCAGGUGCGCGCCGAGCUGUGCAAGCUGUGCCGCCUGGCCCGCGAGGGCGUCCUUGCGCGCAGGACGCGCUUCCCCGAGGAGGACCUGGAGCGCCUGGGGUUGCAUGGCUCCAAGGUCCAGGCGCUGUUUCUCAGCAAGAAGGAGCUGCCCGGCGUCCUGGAGACCGAGGUCACCUACCAGUUCAUGGACCAGAGCUUCCAGGAAUUCCUCGCUGCUCUGUCCUACCUGCUGGAGGAGCAGGGGGCUCCUGAAGGCCCCGCUGGCGGUGUCAGGACGCUCCUGUGCCGGGACCCCGAUCUGCACGGCCACCUCACGCUCACCACGCGCUUCCUCUUCGGGCUGCUGAGCGCGGAGAGGAUGCGCGACAUCGAGCGCCACUUCGGCUGCGCCGUCUCAGAGAGUGUGAAGCAGGACGUCCUGAGGUGGCUGCAGGAGCAGGGGGCGCCCAGGGCCGCACCGGAGCAGGCCGAGGAGUCCGGAGGGCUGGGGAGCGCCGCGGCAGGGGAGCAGGAGGAGCGGGGGGUGCCGGCGGCGCGGCAGGCGCAGCUGCUGCAGGAGCCGGAGCCGGAGCCGGAGCCGGAGCCCGAGGAGGAGCAGGAGCUGGAGGAGCGCAACUUCCCGCUCGAGCUGCUGUACUGCCUGUAUGAGACGCAAGAGGGCGCCUUCGUGCGCCGGGCCCUGGGCAGCUUCCCGCGGCUGGUGCUGGAGCGCGUGCGCUUCCGCCCCAUGGACGUGGCGGUCCUGAGCUUCUGCGUCAGGUGCUGCCCCGCGGGACAGGCGCUGCAGCUGGUUGACUGCAGACUGGUCGCUGCACAGGAAAAGAAGAAGAAGAAGGGCCUGAUGAAGCGGCUGCAGGGCGGCCUGGGCGGCAGCAGCAGCGCCUCGGCCACCUCGAGGAAAACACAGGUCUCCCUGCUGCGGCCACUGUCCGAGGCCAUGGCCGACCCGCAGUGUGGUCUGAGCACCCUCACGCUGACCCGCUGCAGAGUCCCGGACCUGGCCUGCCGGGACCUCGCGGAGGCCCUGCGGAGGGCGCCCCGCCUGGCCGAGCUGGGCCUCCUGCACAACACGCUCAGCGCCGCGGGCCUGCGGUGGCUGGCCGAGGGCCUGGCCUGGCCCCAGUGCCAGGUGCACACACUCAGGGUGCAGCAGCCCAGCCUCCAGGAGGCCCUCCAGUGCCUGGGGGACAUCCUGCGCCAGAGACCCUCGCUGACCACGCUGGACCUCAGUGGCUGCUGGCUGUCGGAACCCACCGUGGCCUACCUGUGUGCCGCCCUGCGGCGCCCAGCGUGCCGCCUACAGACCCUCAGCCUGACCUCGGUGGAGCUGAGCCAGCCAUCGCUGCAGGAGCUGCAGGCUGUCAAGGUGGACCAGCCCAAACUGGUCAUCGAGCACCCGGCGCUGGACGGCCUCUCCGAGCCUCCGCUGGAGCUGAGCAGCAGCCUCUGAAGCCCUGGGGGCCAGAGCCAGGCGGUGGGGGCAGGCCGCAGUGACCAGCAGAGUCGACCUCCCAUGGUGUGGGCUGCCCAGGACGCCAGACGUCCGGGUGGAGGCAGCCUGGUCCCGCCUGGCCAGGCCUCGGAGUGACCAUCCCGUGUCCUGGACACAGGGUGUGCUUUGUCCUCUGCACUCGGGGCCCUUGCCCAGCCCUCACCCCUGCGGUGACGCCCCCCCGUGUGCUCCCCCAGACUGACCCCUCGCUGGUCCUGCCCUGCCGCAGCGUGGCCCCAUGCCUCUGCCCGGAGGUGGUGUGCGAGCCUGAGGUGUCCGCUCCAGUCCACGGGUCGCCAGCAGUGGAGCCCGGGGAGUGGCCCGGCACUGGGCAGGAGGUAAUGGCCGGCUGGGGCGGCCUCCACGCGGUAAUAAAAUCUCCUUGGGCCUGUCCUUGGUCGG